GGACGGGGGCCGCGCUCAGUCAUUGCAUCCACAAACCCUCAACAUUGCAAUAGUUCUUGGCAAAAUUCUCCAACGCCCCCCAAAAAAAAGAAAAUAAGUCAAAAUCACUCCAGCAGAGGUCAUUGCAGCUGGUAGCUAGCUGCCCUGAUUCUUCUCAUCAACUGCCGCCAUUUCUUCCAGCAAGCCAUACUUCUUGGCCAAAGUCAUCCUGACCUACCAGGUGGCUACCUCAAUAAAUGAUGACUAGCAUGGACCUUGUUCUUUCAAGCCUUCAAACCGCCAUUCGAAUUUCAGGCUGUAUCCUCGCGUUAGCAACGCUGGUCGCAGGAGUCUGGUUCUGCAGCAGUUACAUUGGCCGUCCGCUCGGCGCUUUCCUCCAUCAACUCGGCGGUCGCCUUUCCCCGGAAAUAAGUACAGAACGCGAACACAAUGAUGAUAUACGUUCCACGACAAGGAAGCUGUCCUUCAUCGCCGGAUCCUUGGGGCUAUUCUUCUGCUGGGUGGCAGUCAUGGGGGAAACCACCCAGUUUUUGGCAGCAGCACAGAAGCGGGUCGAAAUGAAUCUGGAGUGGAAUAUGUGGACCGUGGCGGAGAUUUUGCUCAAAGGCUCUAUCGAAGGACUGAUUAUACUGGGAAUACUUGCUGGAGCUGUCAAGGUUGUUGGAGUGAUCUAUUAAAAUGGCUAUAUAUCUCUCUUUCCCUCACUACAGAAUAUCC